UUUUUAGAACGAAUGAUAAUGAGAUACAGACACACUGAUGAUAAAAACAUCGAGAAUUAUGAGGAAUGGGCCUGAGAGCCAGGUAGAGUAGGAGUUAAUGUACCCCAGACGAAACUGGAGGAUUCUUUGUCUAGACAAACUCCAAGGAAAUCAAUGGAUUUAGUUUUAUUGUGGAAAUAAUAAUUAACUACUGUCCCCCUUCUACUCUAAGUAGCUCAUCGCUGUAUUUACAUCACCACGUGACUUCAGUCCACUCCUGUUCAAUUCCUCAGUGUGAAUGGCUCCAAUAAAUCCCGAAAAAUAAAUAUAUCAGAAAAGUUCAAUGGCCACGAGACUUUCCAAGAUGAUCACCGUAGCUCCGACUGGGAAGCACAGUGCCACGUUGUUUUUCUUUCAUGGAUCAGGUGGCUCUGGAGCUGAUUUCAAAGAAUGGCUAGAUAUGGUCAACCGAAAGGAAUUAACGUUUCCAAAUGUCAAAGUGGUCUAUCCAACUGCUCCAGCUCAGCCCUAUACUCCUUUAGAGGGAAUGCUCAGCAACGUCUGGUUCGAUCGAAAGAGAAUAUCGAUGAGAGCCCCGGAGAUCAGAGAGUCCAUUGACGAAAUCUGUAAAGAAAUUUCUAAACUCAUUGAGGAAGAAAUGGAGAACGGAAUCCCUGAGAACCGAAUUGUCGUUGGGGGUUUCUCCAUGGGAGCAGGCCUGGCCAUGCACCUUGCAUACAGAUUCAAAAGGUCAUUAGCUGGUUGUGUGGUAAUGUCAUCAUUCCUCAACAGUAACUCAGUAGUUUACGAGGAGCUGAAAGGCAAGGACAACAAGGGAGCUCCACCGUUGCUACAAUUUCAUGGACCCCCUGACGAUGUUGUGGCUUAUCAAUGGGGUGAGGCAACCCACAGAACUCUGAAGGAACUGGGAGUCCAGGGCGAGUUUGUACAGCUGCCAGGAGUGAAGCAUGAGAUUGUUGAAACUGAAGUUUUGAGACUGAAAGAGUGGCUGACAAAAGUCCUCCCCCAACCCUCUUGAAAAAAAUCCCCGUACCAUUCAAAAUGAUAUUUUUGUAGUUGGAUGAUGUUUUAAAUAACGUCUUCCUCAUUUGUUAAUCAAAUAUUUCAUAUCUAAAAUAAUUUUUGAAUGGAAAAUAUCACGGACCAAUGUAUUUUCCAUAAUCCACAACAAAAAUAAAUUUUAUAACUAUCGAGGAA